AACGACGGCGUUACCGAUUACCUUGAAAGAAAGCGAUUAUUUUUUCCAAGAUUUUUUUUCUUGUCUAACGAUGAAAUGCUUGAAAUUCUUUCCGAAACAAAAGAUCCGCUUAGAGUACAACCACAUCUUCGAAAAUGCUUUGAAGCUAUUAACAGAUUACAAUUUAACGAUAAGUUGGAAAUUUCUGCUAUGUUCAGCCAAGAACUAGAAAAGAUAAAUUUAAAAAGUAUUGUUGACACCAAAGAGGCAGGGGGUAGCGUAGAGAAAUGGCUUGUUCUCGUUGAAGAACAGAUGGUUAUUUCCGUGCGGGAUCAAAUACUAAAGAGCUUUAAAAAUUAUAUCCUUACGCCUAGAACACAGUGGGUUCAAAAAUGGCCUGGUCAAGUUGUGCUGUGUGUAUCUCAGAUACAUUGGACCCAUAAUGUACAUCUAGCACUAAAUCGGGAUCAAGAAAUGACUUUAAAACAUUUUUUAGAGUCAUUAAAAGAUCAGCUCCAAGACAUUGUUAAUUUAAUCAGAAGUGCUUCGUUAACGAAUUUAUCAAGAAUUACCAUUAAAGCUUUAAUUGUUAUUGAUGUACAUGCUAAGGAUGUUGUGGAAGCAUUAUACAAGGACAAUGUAGCUAACGAUAGGGAAUUUAACUGGUUAUCUCAAUUAAGAUAUUACUUAGAAGACGAUGAAGCUCUUGUCAGACUUAUUAAUGCAACUGUUAAAUACGCGUACGAGUAUUUAGGUAAUACUGAUCGAUUAGUAAUAACUCCUCUGACGGAUAGAUGUUACCGAACACUUAUUGGAGCGUACCAUCUACAUUUAAAUGGAGCACCUGAAGGUCCUGCAGGUACAGGAAAAACAGAAACAACAAAAGAUUUAGCUAAAGCACUGGCGGUUCAGUGCGUAGUUUUUAAUUGUUCUGAUGGUCUGGAUUACAUAGCUAUGGGAAAAUUCUUUAAAGGCCUUGCAUCGUGUGGAGCGUGGGUAUGUUUUGACGAAUUCAAUAGAAUCGACAUUGAAGUACUGUCUGUAGUCGCUCAACAAAUUCUAUUAAUAGUACUAGCCGUAAGAGCACAUGCUGCUAAGUUUAACUUCGAAGGAACAGAAAUUAAGUUAAACCCUGCUUGUUAUGUGUGUAUUACGAUGAAUCCUGGAUAUGCAGGAAGAACAGAAUUGCCAGAUAACUUAAAGGUUUUGUUUAGAACUGUUGCAAUGAUGGUACCUGACUACGCAAUGAUAGGAGAAAUAUCUUUAUAUUCUUAUGGAUUUAGAGACGCACGAAAUUUGUCUGUAAAAAUUGUCACUGUGUAUCGGCUUUGUUCUGAACAACUAUCAUCUCAAAAUCACUAUGAUUACGGAAUGAGGGCAGUAAAGUCGGUGCUGUCAGCAGCAGGUAACAACAAAAGGAAGUAUCCUGACCUUGACGAAGAUAUUUUGUUACUUCGAGCUAUUUUAGAUGUCAAUUUGCCGAAAUUUUUAAAUCAGGAUCUACCAUUAUUCGAUGGUAUUAUAUCCGAUCUAUUUCCUGGAAUUAUAUUACCUGAGGCCGAUUAUACGAAAUUGAUCGAAUGUAUGAAGAUAUGUUGUGAAAAUAGAAAACUUAUACCCAAAGAUUGUGUCAUUACUAAGGUUAUUCAAACUUAUGAAAUGAUGAUAGUGAGAUGGGGUUUUAUGAUAGUUGGAUAUCCCUUGGCUGGAAAAACUAGUACACUAAAAGUAUUGGCUGAUACGUUAACUUUAAUGAACAAACAAGGUUUACCUGAAGAAAAAGUUGAAAUAGUUACUAUAAAUCCUAAAGCAAUAACAAUGGGUCAGCUCUAUGGACAAUUUGAUCCGAUAUCAUACGAAUGGUUUGAUGGAGUAAUAGCAACUACUUUUCGCAAUUUUUGUACGGACCCUAGUGCUAACAGAAAAUGGAUGAUUUUCGAUGGACCCGUUGAUGCAAUUUGGAUUGAAAAUAUGAAUAGCGUAUUAGAUGAUAACAGAAAAUUAUGUCUUAUGUCUGGUGAAGUUAUGUCGAUGACUAAUGCGAUGUCUCUAAUAUUUGAAGUGAUGGAUUUGGAACAAGCAUCUCCUGCAACGGUUUCUAGAUGUGGUAUGGUAUACAUGGAGCCAGUAACAUUGGGUUGGGAACCUUUUCUUCAAUCUUGGAUCCCUACUUGUAAUCAUUUAUGGUGCCCACCUAGCAGAAAAGAUUUUAUUGAUAAUAUGUUUAGAUGGAUUGUGCCUCCUUCACUGAAUUUUAUAAAGAAACACUGUACUAUGUUCUGCAAUCCAGGCGAUAUCAGUCUAGUUUUGAAUAUGAUGAACAUGUUUGAAAUGUAUAUGAAUGAUGCAAUUGAUAGUAAUCCUAAGAAAGAGGAUCAAGAAAAAUAUAUGGAAUUUUGGACACAGGCUGCUUUUAUUCAAGCAGGAGUUUGGGGCAUAGCUUCAAUCCUAGAUAAAGACUCAAGAGAAAAAUUCGAUGAAUUUUAUAAAACUUUAUGGAAAGGUGAAAACGAACAACACCCUUAUCCUCAAUGUCUAGAAAAGGUAGACUUAUCUAUUCCAUCUGAAGGUCUUCUUUUUGACUAUGGAUAUAAUUAUAGAUUAAAAGGGGGUUGGAAAUAUUGGCCAGAUGUUGUAAAAUAUGAAAGAGUGGAUGAAUGUAAAAAUAUUAUGCAAGCUUUGAUACCAACUGUCGAUACAGCCAGGUAUAUGUUAUUAGUGGAGCAACAUAUUAGAUAUUCUAAGCCCUGCAUGCUAAUGGGUCCGACCGGAACUGGAAAAUCUUUUUAUAUAACAGACAUUUUGUUAAAUCGACUAAACAAAGAAAAAUUCGAGCCAGCUUUUAUAACAUUUACGGUACAGAUUACUGCUAAUCAAACACAAGAUCUUAUUAUAUCAAAACUGAAUAGAAAAAAAACGUGGGCAUUAUGGUCCACCUAAAGGAAAAACAGCUGUUAUUUUCAUAGAUGAUGUCAACAUGCCUGUUAAAGAUGUAUAUGGUUCGCAACCUCCUUUGGAAUUAUUACGCCAGUAUUUUGAUCAUAAAAAUUGGUAUGAUCUUAAAUCCACCAGAGCAUUAUAUUUACAUGAUCUAAUAUUUUUGGGUGCAAUGGGAUUAGUAGGAGGCAGCAGACAAGAUGUAUAUCCAAGAUUUCUACGACACUUUAGCAUAUUUUCCAUAAAUGAAUUUAGUCAAGAGAGUAUGGCCAAGAUCUACUCAAAUGUUUUAUUACUUGGCUGGAAAAAUAACGGCUUUCCUUCUGAAAUCAUUAUGGUUGUUAAUCAAGUAGUUAACGCAACUUUAAACAUUUUUAAGGCUGCACAGGAAAACCUACGACCAACUCCGUCAAAAAGUCACUACAUUUUUAAUCUUCGUGACUUCUUCAGGUUAAUUCAAGGUUGUGCAAUGUUAAGGAAGGAAUCUGCAGAAGACAAAAAAAUAUUUCCAAAAAUUUGGGUACACGAAGUAAUGAGGGUAUUUUACGAUAGAUUAGUAGAAAAACGGGACCGAGUAUGGAUUUAUGAAGAGGUUAAAAAAUAUGUUAACGAAAAUUUUCGAGAAAAUUUCGAUUCUAUUUUUGCACUUUUAAAAAAUGAUCAAGGUAUUGUCACUCGCGAAGCAUUAAAACGGCUUCUCUUUGGUACAUACUUCGAUCAGGAUUCUGAUGAAGACAAACGCUAUGAAGAAAUUACCGACUCGGAGGCAUUAAGAGAACUAGCAGUUAAUUGUCUAAUAGAAUACAAUGCCACACAUAAGAGCAAAAUGGACAUUGUGCUUUUUGACUAUGCUUUAGAACAUUUGUCCAAAAUUUGUCGAAUUCUCUCAAUGAGAUGUGGGAGUGCAUUACUAGUUGGUAUAAGUGGCUCUGGUAGACAAUCUCUAACUCGUCUCGCAGGUGAGAUAUACGGAAUGAAGCUCUUCCAAGCUGAAAUCACAAACAAUUAUUCACUUACGGAUUGGAGAGACGAUAUUAAAAAGGUUUGUAAGGAAUCAGGCGGUAGAGGAAAGGACACUAUAUUUCUAAUUGGUGAAGGUCAAAUAAAAGACGAAAGCUUUCUUGAAGAUGUCGAUUGUCUUCUUAAUUCUGGUGAAGUACCUAAUAUAUAUCAAAUUGAUGAGAAACAAGAGAUUUUAGAUAUGGUUAAACUAGCUGCACAAGGAGGAAAUCGAAACCUAGAAAUAAGUCCUCUUGAAGUUUUCUUUUUCUUUACAAAACGCUGUAAAGAGAAACUACAUGUGGUAAUGUGUUUAAGUCCAGUUGGAUCGGCUUUCCGUAAUAGGCUUCGCCUGUUUCCAUCUCUAAUAAAUUGCUGUACUAUUGACUGGUUUCGAGACUGGCCCGAGCAAGCGCUGGAAGAAGUAGCUCAUGUUUGGAUGGAAGAUAUUAAUCUUUCAGAUGAAAUUAAAAGUACUUCAGUGAGUGCAUGUAAAUAUUUUCAUGUUGAAGCAAGGAAUGCCUCUGAAGAAUUUUAUAAAGCAGUAAGCAGAAAGACUUAUAUAACAUCAGCUUCAUAUUUGGAACUGAUUAAAUCGUUUACUGAACUAACCAAUCGCAAACAAGAAGAAAUUAUGACAGCAAAAAGAAGAUAUCUUGGUGGUUUGGAAAAGUUAUAUCAUGCAUCAGUCAGUAUAGGUGAAAUGCAAGAUUCCUUAGCAGCUUUACAACCUCAGCUGGAGGCGAUGAACAAAGCAGCAUCCGAGAUGCUAAGUCAGAUUGAACACGAAAGUAUAACUGUCGAAAAGGCUUCAGCAAUAGUAAAACAAGAUGAAAAAGUAGCUAACAAACAAGCAGCUCAAGCUCAAGCUUUAAAACUUGAAUGUGAAGCGGACCUCGCGGAAGCCAUGCCCAUUCUGGAAGAGGCCAUCGCCGCAUUGGAUACUUUAAAACCAGCAGAUAUAAGAUUAGUUAAAACUAUGAAAAAUCCUCCUGAAGUCAUUAAGCUAGUAAUGGCUGCUGUGUGCAUAAUAAAAGGUAUUAAGCCUGAUCGAAUACCUGAACCUGGAACUGGAAGAAUGAUACAAGAUUAUUGGGGUCCAAGUAAACGGGUAUUGGGCGAUAUAAAUUUUUUGCAAACACUUAAAGAUUUUGACAAAGACAAUAUCAAGCCAGAUGCUAUUGCCAAAUUGAGAAAGGAAUAUAUACCUCACAAAAGACAUUUAAAACCGGCUGUAAGUAAGCAUUAGGCCUCACAGUUGCAGUCUGUGGGAUUUAUGCAAAUGGAUCAUAGCUAUGGAUAUGUAUGAAAAAGUAUAUAAGAAUGGAGACCUAAAAAAGCAAAAGAAACAAAGUCUAAAAGAAAAAUAAACAGAUUACAUGGAGAUAACGGAAUAUGUUGAAGACGCUGGAAAACAUACAUCUAUGAUAGGUGAUUACUGUGAUAUAGCUCAUCGUAAGUUUUAAAAUUGACACGCUCUAUAUAGUUUUUAAUAAAAAGUAGUACCUUACAUAUUGUGGGGGAUUGGGAGGUGAAAAAGAUAGAUGGACUACGGCAGCUGAAGUACUUCAAGUACAGUAUGACGGUUUAGCUGGAGAUAUUUUGUUAUCUUGUGGAAUUAUAUCGUAUCUCUCGCCGUUUAAUAGUACUUUUCGAGUAAUGUUAAUGAAAACAUGGCAUCAGUAUGUUAAAUCAUUAGGUAUACCAACGGCUGAAGUUUUUGACAUGGCUACAGUCUUAGGGUCAGACGUCACUAUUCAGAAUUGGAAUAUAAACGGGCUCCCUAGGGAUAUGUUUUCAACAGAAAAUGGAAUUAUCAUGGAUAACUCAAGACGUUGGUCCCUAUUUAUAGAUCCACAAGUCCAAGCCGCAAAUUGGAUUAAAAAAAUGGAAAGGAAGAAUAACUUGCAAGUUUUAAAGUUUUCCUUUCCAGAUUACAUGAAAAAAAUAGAAACUAGCAUUCAAAACGGAUAUCCUGUACUAAUAGAAAGUAUAGAAGAAAUUCUGGAAGCCCCGUUAGACCCUCUUUUGUAUAAACAAAUGUUCAAGCAAGCGGGAGUUUGGGUAAUCGCGCUUGGUGAAAACGUCAUUGAGUACAAUAGCAAUUUUAAACUGUAUCUUACAUCAAAAUUAAGAAAUCCUCAUUACCUUCCGGAAGUUUUUAAUAAAGUAACAAUUAUUAAUUUUGCUCUUACUCUGGAGGGACUACAAGACCAAUUGCUAGGUAUUGUAGUAGCUGUUGAAAAACCAGAUCUUCAACAGCUAAAGGAAGAACUAACUAUUCAAAAGGCUGAUAAUAAGAAGGCUUUAAAGGACACCGAAGAUAACAUUCUAAAAACAUUGUCUGAAACAAAAGGUGAUAUUUUGGAAGACGAAAAAGCAAUCCAAAUCCUGGACGAAUCAAAAGUUUUAUCUACAGAAAUUAUGGAAAAGCAAAAGAGAUCUAUAAUUAUUGAACAAUCAAUUGAAGAAUUUAGAGAAAAAUACAAAAUUGUCUCGGCCCAUUCAUCCGUUCUUUACUACUGUAUAUCAGAUUUAGCUAACGUUGACCCUAUGUAUCAGUAUUCAUUAGAUUGGUUUAUCAAUCUCUAUAUCGGAUCUAUUCAGAAGGCUGAGAAAUUUAAAAUUAUUGAAAAAAGAUGCACUUGCCUAAUAAAUGCAUUUACUUUUGAUUUAUAUAAUAACAUUACUAGAUCUCUCUUCGAAAAAGAUAAAUUGUUGUUUUCUUUCCUCUUAUGCUCCAAAAUUAUGAUUGCACAGAAAAAACUAGAGGAAAAUGAAUUUUUAUUUCUACUUACAGGGGGCGUUGGUGGUGAAACUACAACACCGAAUCCGUGUCCUACUUGGCUAUUAGAUAGAUCUUGGACUGAGAUAUGCAGAUUAGAUAACAUUUCUGCAUUUAAUGGAUUUUCCGGUACAAUUUUACGGGAUGCAACAAUCUGGAAAGAAAUGUACGAUAAUUUUACAGAGGACUUUUUAGUACCUGCUCAAUGGGAAAACCAGCUUACCAGUUUUAGAAGACUGAUAAUGAUAAGGGUGUUUAGGGCCGACAAGCUAAUCAGUUCCAUUACAAAUUUCGUUAAGAACGAGAUGGAUGAAAAAUUUAUAAAACCACCCCCAUUUAAUAUAUCAGUUUCUUAUGACGAUUCCUAUAACUUGUGCCCAUUAAUUUUCAUCUUAUCUCCAGGAGUUGAUCCAAUGAGUGCGCUAGUAAAGUUUGCAGCCGGAAAGAAAAUGUCUGAUAAGUUUAAAUCAAUAUCUCUUGGACAAGGACAAGGACCAGUAGCUCAGGCAAUGAUAAUGGAAGGAUCAGAAAUUGGAACAUGGGUCUGUCUUCAAAACUGUCACUUAGCGACCUCCUGGAUGCCAACCUUAGAGAAAAUCUUUGAUAAUCUAGACUAUGAUACACAUCCUGAGUUUAGAUUGUGGCUGACAAGUUAUCCAUCUGACAAAUUUCCCGUUACUUUACUUCAAAAAGGAGUUAAAAUGACCAAUGAGCCUCCAACGGGAUUGCAAAAUAAUCUCUUAAAAUCUUACAUAAGUGACCCAGUUAGAAAUCCUGAGUUUUACUUAGGUUGUCCGGAUCACCAUGAAAUGUUCGUAAGGCUUUUGUAUGGAUUGGCAUUCUUCCAUGCUUGUAUUCAAGAAAGGCGCACUUUUGGACCACUUGGUUGGAAUAUCCAAUACGGAUUUAACGACUCGGAUUUUGACAUAUCAGUACAGCAACUACAAAUGUUUAUAAAUGAAAGCGAUGAUCCAUUUGAAGCAUUAUCUUAUCUAAUUGGUGAAUGCAAUUACGGAGGAAGAGUAACGGAUGAUUGGGAUCGAAGACUGAUUGUGACUAUAUUAGCCGAUUAUAUUAAUCCAUUAGUAGUAUCUGAUAAACGCUAUACUUUUAGUGACGCAGGCAAAUGCUAUGGCCUUCCUGAAAGAUCUGACUACCAAGUAUAUAUAAACCAUAUAAAUGCCAUGCCAGUUCUGCAUCCUCCCGAAGUUUUUGGCUUGCACACAAACGCUGGAAUAACCAGAGAUCUUCAGAACUCCAAUCUGCUUCUUGGAUCUGUGCUGAAAGCUUAUGGAGAUAUAGCUGCAGGAGGAAUGGGAGAAACAGAUAAACAUUUGAUGAUGCUUUGUACCGAUAUAUUAAAUAAAUUGCCUAAAUUAUUUAACAUCGAAGCGGCAUACAUCAAAUUCCCUGUAACUUACUCUGAAUCGAUGAAUACCGUGCUUGUACAAGAAAUGGAAAGAUUUAAUAAGUUGUUAAAAGUAAUUGUAGCUACCCUAAUCACCAUGCAAAAAGCAAUUCUAGGACUUGUGGCUAUGUCACCGCAAACAGAAACGUUUUCGUCUUCAUUGUUAAUGGCAAAAAUACCCGCAAAAUGGGUUAGUGUUUCCUAUCCUAGUUUAAAGAAUCUUCCAAACUAUGUAAAUGACUUUAUAGCCAGGAUGAAUUUUCUUUACAAGUGGUUCGAGACAGGUAAACCUCCUAGUUACUGGAUAUCUGGAUUUUUCUUUACACAAGCCUUUCUAACUGGUGUUAAGCAAAACUUUGCUAGAAAGUACACCAUCGCCAUUGAUAAAUUAACCUUUGAUUUUGAAGUGCUUAAUGUAAAUGUAAUGAAGUCGGCGCCAAAUGAUGGUGCAUAUAUUUAUGGACUGUUCACAGAUGGCGCCAGAUGGGAUCGAAACAAAGGUAUAUUAGCCGAGUUGAUGCCUAAAAUAUUGUAUGAUAAUAUGCCGGUUAUUUGGAUUAUACCGCUACUAGCCGAGAAGUAUUUCCCAGGUGGAAGAUACGUGUGCCCAAUCUAUAAAACAUCAGAACGAAAAGGACUACUAUCGACGACUGGACAUUCAACUAAUUACGUACUGCCUGUUCUGUUAAAUACAGAUCUACCAGCAUCGCAUUGGAUAAAAAGAAGUGUUGCCCUAUUGUGCCAGUUGAGUUAGUUAUAUCACAUUUUAUUAUACUUAUUGAUUUUUCCAAAUACACUAUUUUUAAUACUCGUAG